CACCCACACCCCGAGAGACAGACUCGCGCACACACACACACACACCCCACACACACACACACCCCGGGCCGCCAUGGACUCCGAGUACGAUUACACGCCCUCGUCCGCCGGCGGCCUCAUGGAGCAGACCAUGGCGGCGACAGACGAGUUCCCCGAAGGAGCCAAAAUAAACGCGAGCAAGAACGAGGAGGACGAGGGAAAAAUGUUCAUUGGGGGUCUUAGCUGGGAUACCAGCAAGAAGGAUUUGACAGAUUACUUAUCCAAGUUUGGUGAAGUAGUGGAUUGUACCAUAAAGAUGGACCCCAUUACUGGGCGAUCAAGAGGAUUUGGUUUUGUACUAUUCAGAGAGCCUGCAAGUGUGGACAGGGUCUUAGAACUCAAAGAGCACAAGCUGGAUGGCAGACUCAUUGAUCCUAAACGAGCUAAAGCAUUAAAGGGCAAGGAGCCAGCGAAGAAAGUGUUUGUUGGUGGUCUUAGCCCUGAUGUACCAGAAGAAAUGGUUAAGGACUAUUUCGGAGCGUACGGAGAGAUUGAAGGUAUUGAGCUACCCAUCGACAACAAGACAAACGAGAGGAGAGGAUUCUGUUUCAUCACGUUCAAGGAGGAAGAACCAGUAAAACGGCUUUUGGAGAACAAGUAUCACAAUGUAGGAUCUAGCAAGUGUGAAAUUAAAGUGGCGCAACCCAAGGAAGUCUACAGGCAGCAACAGCAACGAGGAGGCAGAGGUGGAGGUGGGUUUGGUGGAAGAGGUCGUGGUAGAGGGGGGCAAAAUCAGAACUGGAACCAGGGAUACAACAGCUACUGGAAUCAAGGUUAUAGUAGUUAUAAUAAUGGCUACAGCAAUCCUGCGUACAAUGGCUAUGGGGGUUAUGAUUACUCUGGGUAUAACUACAACAACUAUGGAUAUGGCCCAGAAUACAAUACCUACAAUACAGAUGUGCCUCCUGUUGGCCAGUCAAGGAGUGGCGUUGACGGUCGUGGAGAAGUCUGCGGCCUGGACUGCCCUGUCCUCCCUGCUCAAGGAGGAUGUUUGGGGGUGAGUGGCCAGGUGGAGAAACGGGGACAUAUACAUCAAUUUAGCGGAAGAGCAUGUCAAGAGGAAAUGUUAAAUCUGAAAGCAUCUUUGUUUCCCUUUUGGGACUUUUUUUGUACCACAUUAAAUCUCAAGUCAACAUCGUUCUUGCCCAAACUGUAUAUAGCAUCUAAACAUUUUUUAUGUUGUAGUUACUUUGCUUUGUAUAACCUGAGAAACGCAUUCCUUUAACUUCUGUGUACUGUGAUAGUAUAUAAUACAGUUGCUACUAACUGAUGUGAUGCAACAUUUGUUUGUUGGCGUACCCUGUUGUAUGUGAUGCAUUGCAUCUGUUGCUGUAAUAAAGGUUUCAGUAUGAAUGCUCAAAUGUUUAAUUGUGUUGUGUCAAGCUUACCGUUAAUUACGGUAACGAUUUGUAUGGUUGUAGGGUAGGGGGAAUCAUUGGUUGUGAUACAUUGAACUACCGUGUUGAACAAAAAAGUUGCCAAUUUACUCAGUUGCAUAUAGAAGAACUGUUUUUGGUUGUGAAUAUAGGUUUAGUUAGUUAAAAAGUUCUGUCUUCUAAAAUGAAUUACAGGUGAUACAAAAUGUGGGAUAUCCCUGCUCAGAUUGCAGUUCAUUUUUCACUGUUGUGUGUGUACCAUCUUCCAAAUGUAUAAAUCUUGUGGAAGUGCAUUAAAGAUCUGAAUGUUA